AUGUGUCCCUCUGGCCGCACCCUCUGCGCAGAGACCGCCACGACGACGACCAUGACCUCAGAUUUCAAGCCAGCCUUCGACGUCCUCGACUCCGACCGCGACGGCAAGAUCAGCAAAGACGAUCUCCGAGCCUUCUACGCCGGAUUUUCCAGCUCCGGCCCCGACGAAAAUCUCAUCGGAUCGAUGAUGUCGGCCGCCGAUUCCAACAAGGACGGCUUCGUCCAAUACGACGAGUUUGAGCGCGUUUUGGGAGGCGGCGGUGGUGCAAGAAGCUCGGGGGGAGUGAUGGAGGAAGCGUUUAAGGUUAUGGACAAGGACGGGGAUGGGAAGCUUGGCCAUGAGGAUUUGAAGAGCUACAUGAGCGCGGCAGGCUUCGCCGCCACUGAUGAAGACAUCAAGGCCAUGAUUAUAUUGGGCGGCGGCGAUGACAACCAAGGCGUGUCUUAUGCUGGCUGGCUCAAGAUCUUGGCCGUUGAUCAUGUCGGCUAG